GUCUCGCAUCAAAGAACGUAAUGAGCAACUUGAGGCUGCAUUGGUAUCAAAUAGUAAGCUUUUGCGAGAGGUUAAACGAUUGCAUGAUGAUAAUGAAAAAAUAAACGAACCAAUGUCUAAUAAAUUUCCUCCUAAAAAGAAGAAGCAACAGUUAAAAAACUCUGAAAUUGCUGCCCCUGGUGGUAGUUGGGGGCGUGGGUAUUCUGGUGUGGUCGCUUCUUCCAAUACUGCUAUAUCAAGGUAUGCGAAUUAUACAAAUGCAAAAACUGUCGAGACCCUUGCGAACAAUCAAAAGGAGAUGGUAGAAGCUUUGACAACUUAG